ACAAAAUUCUUAACAAAUAAAAAAGAAAAACGUUGGUAGUAUCUAUGAAGAGUAAAAUAUUGUCACCUCCCUAUAAAUUAAGAAACCUUCUUCCACCCCAGCUCAAAUUAUACAAUUCAUCAUACAUCAACUUACCUAACAAAUUCAACUAUCCUUUAACAUUCUCAACUUCAUUUUUGUGUUACUUCUCUAAACUUUGUUCAUUCAUUGUCUACAAACAUGACUAUUUCGGUUGUACCUAAAGUGAAGGACGAGUGCCUUAUGGUGAGGGGCAACGUGAUUCUCACACAUGUCCCUCAAAACAUUGUUGUUUCACCUGUUUCAUCAGGUUCUGCUUUUUUAGGUGCAACUUCUCCUAUUCCUAGUUCCCGUCAUGUCUUCACCCUCGGCACUCUCCGGGGAUAUAGGUUGCUAUCUUUAUUUAGAGUCAAAAUAUGGUGGAUGAUACCACGUGUUGGGAAAUCCGCAAGCGAUGUUCCAAUGGAAACUCAAUUGCUUCUAGUGGAAGCAAGAGAAGAGUCUGCUCUUGAGACAGAAUUUUCUUCUGAUUCUGAAGAGACAGAAGAAGAGAACACUUCCUAUAUUCUCUUCUUGCCUGUGUUGGAUGGAGCGUUUCGCGCAACUUUGCAAGGAACCGCGUUAAACGAGCUCCAAUUCUGCGUUGAAAGUGGAGAUGCCUAUGUUCAAACUUCUCAAUCACUUGAGGCAGUAUUUGUAAAUUCAGGGGACAAUCCAUUUGAGCUAAUCAAAGAUUCUAUCAAGAUAUUAGAGAAACACAAAGGAACUUUCUGUCAUCUUGAAAACAAGGAAAUUCCUGUACAUCUUGAUUUGUUUGGAUGGUGCACUUGGGAUGCAUUCUACACUCAAGUAAAUCCACAAGGAAUAAAAGAGGGCAUUCAAAGUCUCUCAAGUGGAGGUUUUACACCAAAGUUUAUCAUCGUUGAUGAUGGAUGGCAAGAGACGCACAAUGAAUUUUUCAAAGAAGGUGAACCAAUAGUUGAAGGAACCCAGUUUGCAACAAGGCUAAUAGACAUUAAGGAAAAUGUAAAGUUCAGAAGUGCAGGCUCCAACAAUUCUUGCAACAACCUCCAUGAUUUUGUUCACUCUAUCAAACAGAAUUUGAGUGUAAAAUACGUUUACAUGUGGCAUGCUUUAGCUGGUUAUUGGGGAGGAGUACUCCCGUCUUCAAACGCGAUGAAAAAAUAUAAUCCGAAGCUUGUAUAUCCAAUUCAGUCAGCUAGUACCACAGGGAACCUUAGAGAUAUAGCCAUGGACAGCUUGGAAAAAUAUGGAGUGGGAAUGAUAGAUCCAUCAAAAUUUUACGACUUUUACAAUGACUAUCACAGUUAUCUUGCUAGCUGUGGCGUCGAUGGAGUCAAAGUAGAUGUCCAAAAUUUGAUAGAAACAUUAGGUUCAGGGUACGGUGGACGUGUUUCAUUAACAAAACGGCAUCAAGAAGCAUUAGAGACAUCAAUAGCAAGGAACUUUGAGCACAAUAACCUCAUUUGUUGCAUGUGUCACAACUCUGAUUCAAUUUACAGUUCAAAGAAGAGUGCAGCAGCAAGAGCAUCUGAGGAUUUCAUGCCAAGGGAACCAACAUUUCAAACCUUACAUGUUGCGUCGGUAGCUUUUAACAGUCUUCUUCUGGGAGAGAUAUUUGUGCCAGACUGGGACAUGUUCCAAAGCAAGCACAAGACGGCUGAGUUCCACGCUGCAGCAAGAGCAAUAGGUGGUUGUGCAGUAUAUGUUAGUGAUAAGCCUGGCAAUCAUGAUUUUGAUAUCUUGAAGAAGCUAGUACUGCCUAAUGGAUCAGUAUUGAGAGCUCUUUAUGCUGGCCGUCCUACUCGAGAUUGUUUGUUUCAAGAUCCAGUAAUGGAUGGUAAAAGUCUGCUGAAAAUUUGGAACUUGAAUAAGCUGACUGGGGUGAUAGGCGUCUUUAAUUGCCAAGGAGCAGGAAGCUGGCCAAUGAAACCAUCCGAAGCCACACCACCGACACACUUAACCAUUUCAGGAAAAGUUAAACCACUCGAUGUUGAGUUUCUUGAAGAGGUUGCUGGUGAAAAUUGGAAUGGAGACUGCAUACUAUAUGCCUUCAACGCAGGCUUGCUUUCCAAGCUACCGAGUAAAGGAAAACUAGAAGUGUCCUUGGAGACUCUUCAAUGUGAAGUAUAUACAGUAUCUCCAAUCAGGGUAUUUGGUCAUGAUGUGCAAUUUGCACCAAUUGGAUUGCUUGACAUGUACAAUUCAGGAGGAGCUGUAGAAGAGUUGUCCUGCAUAAGGGAUGCUGCAAAUUGCACAAUAGUAAACAUCAAAGGUAGAGGAUGUGGCCGAUUUGGAGCGUACUCCAAUGUUAGGCCGAAACGUUGCUUGGUGGAUAUGAAAGAGGAGGAGUUUUCCUACAACUCUGAAGAUGGAUUAGUGAUCAUUAAACUUGAUGGUGAAGGCAACUCAAGGGACAUAGAAUUUGUAUUCUGAGGUAGCUGUGUUAAGUCCAAAGCAAAGUCGAUUCUUGUUUAGUGUUCUUUUCUAAUUACCUAACUCCUGUAGUAAGCAUACAAAGAAUUUUUCAUUGUACCAAAAAGGAAAAGAAUUUGUUCAAUUUUGAUGCUCAGAAUUACUCAACAUGUUUUUGUAUUGACAAUAAUGAUGUGACACGUUGUCAUUCUA